AUGGAGUAUAUCGAGAUUGAUCACACUGCCUCUGAUGCACAAAGGGCUAAAGCUCUUGCCGAAAUCGUAUCCAUCAAGCCUCCAUUCAAUGCGACACCAGGCCCCAUUGGCGGUGGUCGUAUUUAUAUGCAUACUUUUUGGCAACGAGGGGGUUCAGAUAUGGAGUAUACUUCUGUCCAGGCUUUAGAGAGCCAUAUAAACCGCGUUCUGGAAGUAUUCAAAAUGCCCCAACAGGAGCAGCACGAGGUCAAUUUCAGACAUGAGAGGAUGUUAUGUUGCUAUACAGCAAUUCAUAAACCACAUUUCCUAGUUGACGCAGAUGAUCAGCUCUGGGUCGUCGCGUUUUCCCAGUUCAACGUUCUUCCCGAGUCAUUCAUGGAUCUUGCUCUCAGGAUGGAUGCAGUUGAAAGGAGAUCCCCUCCCACCGCAGUAUCAUGGCUUGAUUCCGAUUGA